AUGGCGGUGGAUGAGGAAGUGCCGUUGGACGACAAGGCCAAGCGGAUGAGAGAUCUGCUGUCAAGCUUCUACUCUCCGGAUCCUUCUUCGGUGAACGCCAACUCCAACUCUCCUACUUCAAGGUUCGCUACUCUGGAUACGAUCAACACCCCCAACUUCGACGCCGAUCAAUACAUGAAUCUCCUCAUUCAAAAGUCAAAUUUGGAGGGGUUGCUCCAGAAACAUGUUGAAAUGGCUGCCGAGAUAAAGAAUCUUGACACUGAUCUGCAAAUGUUGGUGUAUGAAAAUUAUAACAAGUUCAUCAGUGCCACAGACACAAUUAAAAGAAUGAAUAGUAACAUUGUUGGCAUGGAGACAAAUAUGGAACAGCUUCUCGAGAAGAUAAUGUCCGUGCAGUCUAAAAGUGACGGGGUCAAUACCUCACUCUUUGAAAAAAGAGAGCACAUAGAGAAAUUGCACCGAACUCGCAAUCUUUUACGGAAAGUUCAAUUUAUUUACGAUCUACCCACACGACUUGGGAAAUGUAUCAAAUCAGAAGCUUAUGCUGAUGCAGUUAAAUUCUACACUGGAGCCAUGCCAAUAUUCAGGGCAUAUGGUGAAUCGUCAUUCCAGGACUGUAAGAGAGCAUCAGAGCAAGCAAUAUCAGUUAUUACCAAAAACUUGCAGGGAAAGGUCUUCUCAGAUUCAGAAUCGAUACAAGCAAGGGCUGAGGCUGUGAUGCUUCUGAAGCAAUUGGAUUUCCCGGUUGAGAAUUUGAAGUUGAAACUAUUUGAGAAAUUAGAACAGUUUCUUGUGAACCUCCGCCUUCAAUCCGACAAAAUCACCCCAGUUUCAGCCGAAAUUAGCCCUGAUGAGCAUGGGAGUGUCCACGUUCAAGCUUUUCCAGCUACCCACGAGGCUUCCAUUCGAGAAUUUGCUGAGGCUGUUCGUGCUUAUCGAGUUAUAUUCCCUAAUUCAGAGAAGCAGCUUUCUGGUCUUGCAGAAGACUUGGUUAAAAUGCACUUUGAGGCUGUUCAUCAACAUAUCAAGAAGCAUCUUCAAUCUGCAGAUCUUUUUGCAAUGCUUCGGGUUAUAUGGUCCGAUGUAUUGCUGAUGGAUGACGUGUUAGCAGAAGCUUCAAUAUGCGAUUUCUGUUUGGAGGCUGCUCGGAAUCUUGUCAAAGAAUAUGUUGCUAGCUCAUUUAACCAUCUUCUAAUUGAUAUCGCAGACCCCCUAUCAAGAGUCCAAAAUAGACAAAAAGAGGGUGAAGAAGAGGAUUCUCUGCAGUCUGUGCUUGAGACAAGCAAAAAAGCUGUAACCCAAGGCAGUGUGGAUGUCUUAUUGGAUUUUGGACAGCUUCUUGCUGAAGACUUUGAACUACUGAUGAAGUUGAGAGACUUGAUUAUAGACUGGGUACAAGAAGGAUUUCAAGAAUUCUUCAAAAAACUCAAUGACUGCUUCCUCUUUCUUUCUGGGAAGACUAAGAGCGCAGGUAGUCAAGAACUCAGUUUGACUGAGGGAAUGCAAGGUGAAAAAAUCCUUCCUGGGAUUGUUCUUCUACUUGCUGAGCUCUCAGUUUUCAUUGAGCAAAGUGCUAUUCCAAGAAUUACCGAGGAAAUAGCUUCAUCUUUUUCUGGUGGUGGAGGUCGGGGUUUUGAAUAUGGUCCUGCUUUUGUCCCUGCAGAAAUUUGUCGGAUCUUCCGUUCAGCCAGUGAACAGUUCUUGCGCCUUUAUGUAAAUAUGAGAACUCAGAAGAUAUCGGUUCUGCUACGGAAGAGAUUUACAACCCCAAAUUGGGUGAAGCACAAGGAACCAAGAGAGGUUCACAUGUUUGUUGAUCUUCUGCGGCAAGAGUUGGAAGCAAUAAGAAUCGAAGUAAAGCAGAUUCUGCCUCAAGAUUUAAGCCGUAAACAUCGUCGUACGGACAGCAACGGGAGCACCACUUCUUCUCGUAGCAAUCCUUUAAGGGAUGAGAGAAUUGGUCGCUCAAAUACUCAAAAGGCAAGGAGCCAGCUUCUGGAGACGCAUCUAGCAAAAUUGUUCAAACAAAAAAUGGAGAUUUUGCCAAAGAUUGAACACACUCAGGAAUCAGUGCGCACGAUGAUUUUGAAACUUUGCUUAAAGAGUUUGCAAGAGUUUGUUCGUCUUCAAACAUUCAACAGGAGAGGCUUUCAACAGAUUCAGCUGGACAUUGAAUACCUCAGAAUUACCCUUAAGGAUGGUUCUGAAGAUGAGGCAGCUACUGAUUUCUUGCUUGAUGAGGUGGUAGUUUCUGCAGCAGAACGUUGUCUUGAUCCUGUUUCUUUGGAUCAGCCUAUCUUAGACAAACUUAUACAGGCAAAGUUGGCAAAGACUUUGGAACAACAGAGUCCAACUCCAUAG